AAAUUAUUAACAUUUUAGGAAUAUAAAGAACAACUAUUUAUUCGAGGAGGAUAUAACGUCAUUUUAGUGGACUGGACGUGGGGUAAUUUUCCCGAUCCGGAUGGUGCUAUUAUUAAUUCUUUUGUAGCUGGUGAAGAGACUGGAUUUGUAAUCAAGAAUAUUAUGAUGCAAAAUAAUUAUGCAGAUGGUUCAAAAUUUCAUAUCAUUGGCCAUAGUGCAGGAGCAUAUAUUUCAAUCACUGCUGGAAAAUUUAUUAGAGAGUGGAGUUCAGCUCAUAAACUCAGAAGAAUUACCCUUUUAGAUACUGGUGUACUCGUAUAUAGGAAUGAUGAUUUUGCUCACAAUACAACUUACAAAGAGGCUCAUUUCGUCGAUGUCAUACAUGCCGAUGCUGGUACUUGUUUCGGAUCUGUUGUUGGAGCAUUAACUCCUCUUGGCCAUGCUGACUUCUUUCCAAAUGGAGGAACUUUGCAACUUUCUUGUUACUUUCAUGCUAUAGAAGCAAUACUGAGAGGAGACAUACUAGUGGGGGGUAAGUUUUUUUGAAUAUAUCAAAAUGUAAUAAUUAGAAUAUACUAAUUGAAUUGGAAGU